AUGGAAAAAUAUAUUAAUGAAAAUUAUAGUCGAGAAAUUAAAAUUAUUAACGCUAAAUGGCCUAGAUUAGAAAUAGAUUCUACUCUCAAUAAAUUCGAUAAAUUGAAAAUCGUCUAUGAAGUAUUUGAUUUUAAAUAUAAAUCCCAAAUAAAAUUAUCUCACCAAAUUAACUUCAAUUUAGUUUUUUGUCACGGCUCUGGUAUGUCAAGAUCAAUUUGGGAUUACUAUAUUUACAAGCUCACUGAACUAAUUGAAGCCAAACCAAAUAGUUCACAGAGAGAGUUUCAUAUAAAUAAGAUUAUCUCAAUAGACCAAGUUAACCAUGGCGAAUCAUAUCAACUGAAUAAGUAUAAAUUAGGACCAAACUAUAAUUGGAAUGAUGGUGCAAGAGAUAUUAUUAAAAUUAUGGAAUUAGAGUUAUAUAAAAACUCUACGGAUUCAAAUACUUUAAAUAUUUUAAUUGGUCAUUCAAUGGGUGGUUUCCAAUCUCUAUCGGCAAAUGCCCAUUUACCAAAUAAUACUCUUAUUGAUUUGACUUUUAUCAUUGAACCUGUUUUAAUUACUCACACUUUUAUUCCUGAUUCAAAUAUUACGAUUGUAUCAAGUAACUUUGUGAAGGCCAUUUCAAAAAAGAUUAAAAGUAACUUUAGUUCAAUUGAUGAAUUUAAUGAUUUUCUAAAUUACUCUUCGUUUUAUAAUAAAAAUACAAAUCAAGAUAUUUUAAAUAGCAUUAAAAAAUACGAGCUAAAAGUAACUCUCGACCAAAAAACAGAUGGAGGUAGAGUUGAAGAUAAAAGUCCAACUUUACAAGUAACGACGAAAAUGAAUUUUUAUCAAAACCUCUUAUGCUAUUUAACAAAUAAGCCCGCUUCCCCAUGGCUGCUUAAUAAUCUACAAUUUAUCAAUAAUCCAAUUAUAUCAAUAUUUGGAGAAAAAUCAGAUUGGUGUCCCGUUGAAAAUCAAAUUGCAUUGUCUAAGAACUUGAAAAAUUACAAAGAAUACUUCAUUCCAGAUGGUAAUCAUUUAAUCAAUUUAGAAAAACCAGAUAAAAUUAUUGAAAUAAUAUUAGAAAAUUUAACACUACAUGUAGAACAUUUGAAUCACAAUGAAUUCAAUAAAAGAUCGAAAAUAUUGACAGUAGAGGAAAGACAAAAACUCUUUUUAGAUAGUUUUGAUCAAUUUGUAAAAUUAAGGAUUAGAGAAAGAGGUUCUAAAUUGUAA